AAAGCAUCGUGCCUCCACCACUCAGCAUGAGCAAGAACCGCCCUUCCCACCCGGUCCCACAAUCCACAAUCGACCACUUCUCCUCAAUCGCCUACGUCCAACCCACCCUCUCCGACCCAGCCUUCAAAAUACUCCCCUCCUCCCGAAACCUGACCCACAAUGGCGCAGGCCACACCCUCAUGGCGAAAACCUGGAACACAUCCUCCACCAUCCACCAAGUCCUCUCAUUCUACCGCUCCUCUUCCACUCCACGCUCCGAAUCAAUAACCUACCCAGAACCCGCCUCCACCCGCGGCGAAAUGCGGAGAUUCUACACUCUCGGCAGCGACCUGAAUGCGCAUCCUAACCUCCUCCACGGCGGCGUCAUCGCGGUUCUACUGGACUCUACUUUGGGCCGGGCAAUCGGUAGUACGCUGCACGAUCGGGGGUUGAUGGGUGUGGAGAGUAUGUUUACGGUGCAGUUGAAUGUGGCGUAUAAGAAACCUGUACGGACGCCCGGGACGGUGAUGGUGAGGGCUUGGGUUGUUAAGCUGGAGGGGGAAGGGAGGAAGGUUUGGGCGAAAGGGAGGGUGGAGGGGGAGGGUGGGGUUGUGCAUGCGGAGGCGGAGGGGAUGUGGGUGAGUCCGAAGGAGAAGACGAAGGAGGGUGAAGCGAAGGAGAGGGCGAAGAUGUAG